AUGGGGAAGAAGGAGAAGAGGGAGAAGAAGAGAGCUCAUGAAACAGAAACAGAUUAUGCCUCUGAUGCCCAAGUAAAGGAAGAGCUUCAAUCCGUUGAAAAUGGAGAUUCUAAUGAGAAGAAGAAGAAGAAGAAAAAGAAGAGAAACAAAGAGGAAGGCAACGUCGAUUCAUAUCAGAGACCCACGGUUUCAAUUGCCCUUCCUGGUUCUAUAAUUCACAAUGCACAAUCCCUUGAACUUGCAACAAGGUUAGCUGGUCAGAUUGCUCGUGCUGCAACAAUUUUUCGAGUAGAUGAGGUUGUUGUAUUUGAUAAUAAGAAUUCCUCAAUGGAUGAAGCAACUUUAAUGGAAGACAAUAACGCAGAUGAGAAUGAAAGUGGUUCGGCUUUCUUAAUGAGGAUUUUGAGAUAUCUGGAGACACCUCAAUAUCUGAGGAAGAGUCUUUUCCCAAGACACAAUAGUUUAAGAUUUGUGGGUCUGCUGCCGCCGCUUGAUGCCCCACAUCAUUUGCGUAAGCAUGAAUGGGCUCCUUAUCGAGAAGGUGUCACGUUAAAAGGUCAAGGCCCUCAUUCAACAGGAACACUGGUAGACAUAGGUCUUAAUAAGAGUGUCAUAAUUGACCAGGUAAUUGAACCAGGUAAACGAGUUACCGUGGCUACAGGAUCAAAUCGCAACCUGGAUGCUGGUCUAACGUAUCAAGUUGUGCCAUCUUCCAGGCCCAGAGAUGAAGUGGGAACAUACUGGGGUUACACAGUCAGAUAUGCUCCAAACAUUAGUGGCGUAUUCAGUGGUUGCCCCUACAAGGGAGGCUAUGAUCAUAUGAUUGGAACCUCAGAGCAUGGGGUGGUUGUCAAAUCUUCCGAGCUUUCUCUGCCAUCUUUCAGGCACCUGUUAAUAGCUUUUGGUGGACUUGCCGGACUGGAAGAGUGUGUCGAAGAAGACAAUAAUUUAAAGGGGAAAGAUGUCCGGGAACUAUUCAAUUUAUACGUGAACAUAUGUCCUCAUCAGGGAAGCAGAACAAUAAGGACAGAGGAAGCAGUCUUCAUUUGCAUGCAGUAUUUUCAAGAACCAAUAAGCAGAGUGUUAGAGAGAUCCAAACAAGAAGAUUGGCGAGAAGAAAGUUGCCAACUGCCAUUCUGA